AUGGUUCGUAGAGAGUUAGAUGUGUCAUUAGAGGAUUCAGUAUUUUGGACAGACAGCACCAUAGUACUACAGUAUGUGAAGAAUGAGGAGCGACGGUUUCUCACAUUCGUGGCAAAUAGAGUUGCAGUUAUCCAUAGCGGGUCAUCACCAAGUCAAUGGCAUCAUAUUGAGUCUACGCUUAAUCCAGCCGAUGAUGUUACAGGAGGACAAACAGCCGAGGAAAUGCUUGCUAACAAGCGAUGGCUCAAUGGACCCGACUUCCUUUGCCUGGAAGAUAGCGAAUGGCCAAAAUCGCCAAGCCUGAGAGAUCUAUCAGAUGAAGAUCCAGAGAUAAAGCCAGACAAGGAGGUGGUUACUGUAUGUGCUGUAAACAAGAUGGAACAGGUCGAUGUGGUAGACAGGUUGUUGAAGAGACAUUCCUCAUGGCAUAGAUUGAGGAAAAACUACUUGCGAGCCAAGGCAAAGAAGCAACCAACAGUAGACAUGCAGAUGCUACUGACCGUAGAUGAGAUGACGAGAGCAGAGGAUGCUAUCAUAUUGUAUAUCCAGGGACAGUCCUUUUGUGACGAGUUGAAGUUCCUCCAGAAGGACAGGGUAGGUUCCAGAAGGUCACAGGACUACAUCAAGAAGACAAGUCCUUUAUACAAGCUUGACCCAGUGUUGUCCGCUGAUGGUAUAAUAAGGAUUGGUGGUCGUCUGAAGAACGCUCCAGUAGACGAGGGAGUGAAACGUCCGGCCGUGUUGCCUAAAAAUCACCAUGUAGUUACUCUGAUUGUCAGACAUUUCCAUCGAGAAUCGGGACACUCUUGA